CAAGACGUACGACAACUACUCAAGCAUCAUGACAGCCGACCUCGUCAUGUCCGGAGACUGCGGCGGCACCAACACGCGUCUGUCGCUGUGGAACAUCCCUAAGGACUCCAAGCACAUCAAGGGUGACAUCGCCCCAGGCUCGAUGCUCUUCUCCAAGAAAUACUUGAACGAAGACUAUGCCAGCUUCGCCGAGGUGUGUCAUCUGUUCCUAAACGAGGCCAAGCUCGUGGACCAGAUCCCCGAAGCCUGCGUACUCGCUUGCGCUGGCCCAAUCCUGAAAAACACGGUAGACUUCACCAAUGUAGCGUUUGGUUGGAAGAUCGACGGUCCAGGUCUGGAGAAGGAAUUGGGCAUCAAGAAGGUGCGACUGAUCAACGACUUUGCUGCCAUGGGCUACGGUCUGCUGACCCUGCGUCCUCAUGAGUAUAUCGUCCUUAACGACGUCCCUAAAGAUGAGACGGCUCCUAUGGCUACCAUUGGAGCUGGUACUGGUCUUGGGGAGUGCUUCUUGACCCCCGGUAUGGACGGUCAGUACUCGUGCUUCGCCUGUGAAGGUGGCCACACUGACUUCGCCCCCGCGGAUGAGAUUGAGAUCGAACUGUACAAUGAGAUCAAGGCCAAACUGGGUUGCAGUUAGCGUUUCUCGGUGGAGCGUAUUGUGUCUGGUCCUGGUCUGGCGACGAUCUACGAGUUCUUGGCCAAGAAGUUCCCUGAGAAGGUGGACCCGAAGGUGCACGAGGAAUUCCUCAAGGCCAACACGCAACAGGGCAAGGUGAUUGGCGAGAACGCCAAGACGAACGAGCUAUGCAACCGAACUCUGGAGAUCUUCGUGGGUGCGUACGGCCGUGAGGCUGGCAACGCGAUGCUGAAGUAUUUGCCUCGUGGUGGCUUCUACAUCACUGGUGGACUUGCUCCUAAGAACCUGGACUACUUCACCAAGAAGGACAUUUUUCUCAACUCUGUGUUCGACAAGGGCCGUGUGAGUCCUGCCAUUAAGGCUUGCCCGAUCUACCUUGUUCUAAAUGAGGACCUGGGCGAACGUGGGGCCCAUUAUUACGCGUACCAGCUGCUGAAAGAGGCGCAGUGA